AUGAAAGAGAGUGAGUGUACUAAGCCUUUUCCUAAGCAAUUUAAUGACGGAACCGUAAUCAAUGUAGACGGUUAUCCCAUGUACCAUCGCCCUUAUAAUGGAAGAACGGUAAGAAUUCGAAACUUUGAUGUUGAUAAUAGGUGGGUUGUGCCUUAUAACCCUUUCCUUUGUAAAAAAUAUAUGGCACAUAUCAACUUAGAAGCAUGUGUGUCAAUUAAAAGUGUUAAGUAUUUGUAUAAAUCUAUUUACAAAGGUUAUGAUACUGCAUACAUAGAAAUCAAUGAGCGCAUCGAUCAUGAAGUAACAACAUUCUUAGAUGCUAGAUAUGUAUCUGCACCUGAAGCAACUUGGCGUCUCUGUGAAUUUCCUAUGCAUACUCAGAGUCAUUCCAUCACAAGACUUCCUGUUCACCUUCCAAAUUACCAACAAGUGUUUUUUAGGAAAGGCAACAAGGCAAGUAUUAUAAUUUUUUAUGUUACGCUUUUAUGCAACACUAAGAUUUCAAGUAUUGCUUUAAGCGGAGAUAGUUCCUCAACUUCAAUGACUAAAGUGUGGGGUGCGAAAUCCAAUGGCUUACCUUCUCGCGGUGCACCCUGCUACGUCAAUUUUAUCUGGAUUUAUAAGCAAACAAAUUUUACAGAGUUUUAA